AUGCCCUUACUUGUUCGCCGCCCUAACACGCGGCCAUCGCGAAAGUCUAAGGGUGCCAACAGCCCAGCUCAAUCAACAUUGCAGCGAGACCAGCCUACGCUUAGACUGCAGCUUCAGCAGAGAUGCAUGACGCCAGAGGCGUGGUGGGCGUCUCUUACCGCGUUUGGUGCAUAUGAUAAUAUUUCUAAGCACAUGCUGGAACACGAGAAAGCCAUUGCCACGGAGGAAAUUCGACAGGAAUGGAUGCGACGUCUGCGGCCCAUGCCGCACCGACAGAACCCACCGGCAAAGUAA